UUAAUCACGACCCACUCCAAUUUAAAGGUAACCAAAGAUUUUGGAGUAACAACAAGAUGAAUUGAAAGCCUGUGGAGAGAGACAAAGACGUUGCAGAUGAUACCUAAUCCAUCAAAGCAUGAACAGAAAGCAACAUAUACCUCCUUUGUAAGUUUUUACUUAAACAUCUGUCUUUCGUGAAAGUUCAACAAUAUCAUGACAUCCCAAACAAACAUAACAAUCAAACAAACAUUAGACAACUUCCAUCUCACAGGUUUAUUAAAUGAACACUACAGUACUCCGUAUUUUUACGCCAAAACUGUCAGAAAUAUUCAACAUACAGAAUGAGAAGCAAGCAUAUAUAUGUCUUGCUUUCGACGUGAUUAAGGAGAAAAAAGAGGAUCAUCGAUCCCUCCCUUCACUUCCCAUGCACAAUACUGCGCCUGCAAAGUGAAAGAGAAAACUAGAAAAGGGAUAUGGAACCCUUGUUCUUCUUAGUCCUUCUCGUUCAAGUUUGGUCGGUGAGGCCCCAUGAUCAACUCCUAAACAAAAAUAUAUUCAUCUUAGCCGGACAGAGCAACAUGGCCGGACGUGGAGGCGUUGUUAGCGAAACUAUCACCGGCAGCGCUGCCACCUGGGACGGCAUCGUACCUGAUCCCCAGUGCAAACCCAGCCCCUCCAUUCUCCGACUCAGCGCAAACCUCACAUGGGUUUUAGCACAUGAGCCUCUGCAUGCGGACAUUGAUGUCAAGAAGACAGUUGGGGUUGGACCAGGCAUGGCUUUUGCCAACGGAGUCUUGGCCAAAGACCCCACCUUUGGGGUCAUUGGCCUGGUGCCUUGCGCGGUCGGUGGGACUAAGAUAAGAGAGUGGGGUAAAGGGACUUUCCUUUACAAACAGUUGAUGAGGAGGGCUCGGUCUUCAUUGCAAGAUGGUGGCACUAUUCAAGCGCUUCUUUGGUAUCAAGGCGAGAGCGACACAGUGACAAAAGAAGAUUAUACCGAUUAUAAGAAAAAGCUGGAGAGGUUUUUCUUGGACUUUCGGGAUGAUUUGCAGUCUCCUUUGCUCCCAAUAAUCCAGGUGGCUCUGGCGUCAGGUUCAGGACCUUUUAUAAAGAUUGUUAGAGAAGCUCAGUUGGGAAUUGAUCUCUUGAACCUGCGAACAGUGGACGCCAAGGGUCUGUCACUUGAGCCGGAUGGUCUGCACCUAACCACGCGAGCCCAGGUUCGGCUAGGCAAGAUGUUGGCUGAUUCAUUCCUUCAUUUCUUACCCACUUCCCCCAUCCUCACCCCCACUUACACUAGUACUGGUCCUCCUUUAAGGUGUUCCAACUUUAUUUUUUACAUUUUUUUGUUAGCUCUUCUAUUAAGAUGCAUCAGGAUGAUCCUAGUUACUUUCUGAAUAGGUUGUUCUUUCUUAAAAGGUAAUAUAUCGGAAAAUGUAAACAGGGCACAUGUUUCCGAUUCCGUUUAAGCCAUGUGCAUGAACCUAGUAUUAUUACAGAGAAUGUCCGGGUACUUUGACAGCAGCGUGUGUCCCAAAACAAUGACAUAGGAUAUUGAAAAUAAUGAAAUCCCAGCAGCUGAGGUAUGGUUGCUGGUAACAAUAGACCAAUCAACAACCAAGCAUCCAACUGCUCAGACAACUUGAUCCAGAUGGCGAGUUUUAUACAGAAAAAAUGCAUGAUAAUUUGUCCCCUUUACCUCAACAUGUAUAGGACGACUUCAUGGACCAACCUGGGAUUCUGCUAUCCGCUACUGCUGUUUAUAACUUUAUAGCCAAGAGAUAACUUACUUGUAAGAGCUUGGAUGCAGCAUUCCUGCACAUGAAUGUCUUUAAUGCAGAGGAAGAGGACCGCUUUGUUUCUUGGUCUUUAAGCUAAAAAAUAUGGGACCGGCUCUAUUUAUUAAAGUUAAAAUUUAGGCAUUAAUUUCAGGUGUUAUAUGAUCAUUUGAAGAUUUUGAGCAAUUAUUUCUUUUUCCUGAUUCAUAUGUUUGUUUUCUAAUGUAAUCAUAACGAGAAAUAUUACUCAUCAUCCUCACACCACACACCAAUA